AAAUAGAGUAUUUUUUACUUUUUCUUUUCCACCUCAAAGAAAGUAAACAAAGUCAUACAUAUCAUUAUGGUUUCUCGUACCCACAAAUCAUUUUAUAUACCCACACUUGUCGACCAAACACUAGGAAACCGCAUCAGUACCUAGUUCCAAUGUUAAAUACACCAUUAAUAAUUCAUAACAUCUUAGUAUAGUGCUACCUUAAUAUUUUCAACAACAAAAAAUACAGUCUUACCUUAGCUCACAUCUUCUUCUUACUAUGUUCUAACUUCAUUUUUUUCCUUCUCAUUCCAACCUUGUUACUUUGCUUGCUAUAUUCCAAGGUGAUUUUAGUUAGUGAUGGAGGAGAGACCAGAGACAGAGCUGAUAUCAAUACCAGCAACACCAAGAGUGUCAACACCAGAGAUACUGACACCAUCAGGACAAAGGUCACCAAGACAAGGAUCAAAGGAAGCUAAAUCAUCAAAUGCAUGGACACCAACAUCUUUUAUAUCACCAAGGUUUUUGAGUCCUAUAGGGACACCAAUGAAAAGGGUACUUAUAAACAUGAAGGGUUAUUUGGAAGAUGUUGGCCAUCUUACUAAGCUUAAUCCUCAAGAUGCAUGGCUUCCAAUUACCGAGUCUCGGAAUGGAAAUGCUCAUUACUCUACUUUUCAUAACCUCAAUGCUGGUGUUGGUUUUCAGGCUCUUGUUUUGCCUGUUGCUUUCGCUUAUCUUGGCUGGAGUUGGGGAAUUAUUUCCUUAACCGUGGCAUACUGUUGGCAACUUUACACCUUAUGGAUUUUGGUUCAGCUGCAUGAAGCAGUUCCAGGUAAAAGGUACAACAGAUACGUGGAGCUAGCACAAGCAGCAUUUGGGGAAAGAUUAGGAGUAUGGCUAGCUCUUUUCCCAACAGUUUAUUUAUCAGCAGGAACUGCAACAGCUUUGAUUCUUGUUGGAGGGGAGACCAUGAAACUGUUCUUUCAAAUAGUUUGUGGUCCAACAUGUACCUCAAAUCCUUUAACCACAGUGGAGUGGUACCUGGUUUUCACUUCUCUAUCUAUUGUUCUUUCUCAGCUUCCAAACCUCAAUUCAAUUGCAGGACUGUCACUGAUAGGAGCUGUUACGGCCAUUACUUACUCCACCAUGGUUUGGGUGCUCUCUGUGAGCCAACAGAGGCCACCCUCUAUCUCUUAUGAACCCUUAUCGCUGGCAAAACCUUCUUCUUCAUUAUUUCUAGCAUUGAAUGCACUUGGAAUUGUAGCAUUUUCUUUUAGAGGUCACAAUUUGGUCCUAGAAAUUCAGGCCACAAUGCCGUCAACGUUUAAGCACCCGGCUCGUGUGCCAAUGUGGAAAGGAGCCAAGGUUGCUUAUUUCUUUAUUGCAAUGUGCUUAUUCCCUAUGGCCAUUGGAGGCUUUUGGGCCUACGGGAACCAAAUGCCUAAUGGAGGGAUUCUGACAGCUCUAUAUGCAUUUCACAGUCAUGACAUUUCAAGAGGAAUUCUAGCCUUAGCAUUCCUUCUUGUAGUAUUUAGCUGUUUGAGCAGUUUUCAGAUAUACUCAAUGCCUGCUUUCGACAGUUUUGAAGCUGGUUACACCAGUCGAACAAACCGUCCUUGCUCGAUAUGGGUUCGGUCAGGUUUUAGAGUUUUCUUUGGAUUUGUCUCAUUCUUCAUAGGAGUGGCACUUCCAUUCCUCUCAAGUCUUGCUGGUUUGUUAGGAGGACUCACUCUUCCAGUCACUUUUGCAUAUCCUUGUUUCAUGUGGGUUCUUAUUAAACAGCCAACAAAAUAUAGCUUCAGUUGGUAUUUCAAUUGGAUUCUUGGUUGGUUAGGUGUUGCUUUCAGUUUGGCCUUUUCCAUUGGAGGUAUUUGGAGUAUGGUCAAUGAUGGACUCAAGUUGAAAUUCUUCAAGCCCAAUUAAGUUUUAAGUAUUAUGUGCUACAUCGACACUUUGGAUUGAAGGCGUGUCCAGUGUCCGACAUUGACACAUGCGGUUACAUUCAAUUAUCUUAUUUUCUCAAAUUAUUACUAAUGUCCACGUGUCAGUGUUUGUGCUUCAUAGUCAUUUAUGUCAUGCAAAUCUACAUGAUGGCUAGAUGAACUAUAAUAUGCUAAUUGCAUGCCUUAUUUUUUAGUGCUAUAGCUAGGAAGUUUGUUUGUUAUAUUUGUAUUCAUAUUUGUUGAGAGUUAAGAACUUUAGAAGAAAAAUGUAUCAAUUUGUAACCUCUAUGAGUUUGAGAAAUGAAAGAUAAAAUUCCUCAAGGAAAUUUGAUUGGA